AUGAAGGUUCUUACCUUCAUAGGGGUCAAGGGGAAGCAAUUGAGUGGUAAGUGUGUUUUGGAUAUUUACGGAGAUACAGCCACUAAGUUUUGUGUAUUUUACUCGCAGCGGGUACUGUACAUACAGCAUCUGCAGCAAGUAAAAUAUACAAAACCCAGGGGCUGUACCUCUGUAUAGAAAUUGGAAAGUGAGUUACAGGCUAGCCUAGCCUCGUGCAUCCCAGACCUGGUGUGAAGUUCGUUACGGGGCCUCCGGGGCCCCGAAAACUAUGGGUCCUUGCCCCCAUUCCCCGCCCUGACCCGGCGUUUGGCCCGGGGCAGGGCGUAUUUUCUCCUCCAUUCCCUCCCCAGCCCAAUACGGCCCCCCGCCCUGGCCACCCCCCUGUAUGGGGCCCUGCUAUUGCCCCCACCAAAUUAUAUGGCUGGGAGCAUAAUUGGGGUCGCCCAGUAGCCCCCGUGGGGGGGGGGGGCGUGGGGCGGGGGACUCGGAGGGGGGAGAUUGGCGGCGUCCCGUAGCUGUAACGAGGCAGGGAGAACUUGCGGAAACCCACCCUCCCCCACCCCGUAACGAACACUAACCUGGUGCGAAGGAACCACCGUACUUUGGUUGUGGCUUUCGCCCCAUCACUUGUCGUCGUAGUUGAUGCAAGGCUUAGUCGGAGGGAUACUAAAAAAGAUAUUGAGAGCGUUCGGGAGGAGCUCAGUGCUUUUUGUGUUGCUAUCGAUGCCCACUUCGUUGCUAUCGAUGCCCGCUUCAAUGAGGUGAACCAAAAACUGGGGGAUCUCGCCAGUAGACUCAGCCUUAUUGAGUAUAAACAAAAUUUUAUGCAGGCAUUUGCCCUGCAGGCUGCCGUGAAGACGAUGAAGGUUCUUGAUGGUAGCGGCAAGGAGGACCUAAAAGUUUUUAUUAAGGAUGGGGAGGAACUAAUGAAAUGCAUGGAACGUGGGGGAGAAGGAUGUGGGGAGAAUGAAAUAUAA